CUAACAUGCAAGUAUAGGAUAUUCAUUUUUUUGGUGACAAGGAAGAUUGUGCAACAGUGUGGCAUACGUUUGCAUGACACGAUGCCGGACCAGCGAGCGCUGAAGAACCCCUAUCCAGACUAUAAUGGGCCCGAGAGUGCGCAAUACAUGUUUGACUCUCAAGGCAAAUUAACGGCUGCUUUUGCGAGCCGAGUAAGCGAUAAGAUCAGUGAACUGCUGGCGUUAAUGGAACACGGGCUGAAGAAGGCGGAUCCGAGAGACUGUACUGGAUACACGGGCUGGACAGGAAUCGCCAUGUUGUACCUGCACCUCCACGCAAUCUACGGCGAGCCCUCGUACCUACAGAGGGCACUGGAGCACGUCAGCCGCAGCCUGAAUAGCCUGACCCAGCGCUGGGUCACCUUCCUGUGUGGGGACGCUGGGCCGCUGGCUGUGGCUGCCGUGGUGUACCACCGCAUGCACAGAGUCCAAGAGGCGGAGGAGUGCAUCAGCAGGUUGCUGCAGCUUCACAAGUCUGUGGUGAAGGGCUCGGGGAGCCUUCCAGACGAGCUCCUGUACGGACGCGUGGGCUACCUCUCCGCCCUCAUCUUCCUCAACCAGCAGUUCCAGCAGGAGAAGAUCCCUGCACAGUACAUACAGCAGAUCUGUGACGCAGUGUUGGUGUCGGGACAGACUCUGGCUCAGAGGAUGAGGGUGGAGGAGCAGACUCCACUCAUGUACGAGUGGUACCAGGAGCAGUAUGUGGGUGCCGCCCACGGCCUGUCGGGCAUAUACUACUUCCUCAUGCAGCCCGGUUUUGUCUCGGACGAGGGCCGGGUGUUGUCGCUGGUGAAGCCCAGCAUAGACUAUGUUUGCCGUCUGAGGUUCCCAUCGGGCAACUACCCACCGUGCGUGGGCGAUGCCCGAGACCUGCUGGUGCACUGGUGCCACGGCUCGCCUGGAGUCAUCUACAUGCUGCUGCAGGCCUACAGGGUGUUCGGUGUACAGCAGUACUUGGAGGAUGCCGUGCACUGUGGAGAGGUGAUCUGGCAGCGAGGCCUGCUGAAGAAGGGGUACGGCCUGUGCCACGGUGCAGCAGGCAACGCCUACGCCUUCCUGGCCCUCCACAAGGUCACCCGUGAUCCCAGGCAUCUUUACCGGGCCUGCAUGUUUGCAGAUUGGUGCAUGAACUACGGAAAACAUGGCUGCCGGACUCCAGACACACCCUUUUCCCUUUUUGAAGGAAUGGCUGGGACCAUUUACUUCCUUGCUGACCUGUUGCAGCCGAUGGCAGCCAAGUUCCCAGCCUUUGAGGUGUAAAGGUAUCCUACCGCGCCACUCCAGAGCACAGGCUGACCGGCUGAGGCCAGUGUUAAAAUGGCAGGGCUGGGCAGCAGGAGAGCGCAAUUCGUCGCUGGCGGCCCACGUCCUCCAGGCCAUGGCGGACAACUGCAGCGCCGCUCCCCACGUGCUCCAAAGUGUGAGUCUGUAUGCUCCUGCUCUGUCCCGUUGUCAUCGGCAUAAACAAAGCACCUGGCUAAUGCUGUCUGUUCUAGCAGGAAUUGUCUGUAUUGAAGCCUUGGUUGCUUUACUGUUUAACUAAUUUAACCUAGAAUGUAAUAAGGCACAUUUCUUCACUAAGGGCAUGCUAUUAUUAAUGUAUAGUUUGGUUCUGCACAUGCUUUUCAAAUUGGUGUAGAUUUUAACUGUUGUAACAUAAGGCACAGCAGUCUUUAUCCUUGUACUUUGAGGAUUGUUUUGCUUAAAACAAAUUCUUUAAGAUUGCCACUUAGUUGAAUCUUUUUCUUUGUUGUAACUGAUUACAAAGAAAAUGGAACAUUAGUUGUAUGACUCUGUCUAUUGCUCAUGAAAUGAAUCUUCAUCUGUAAGAUUUUGUUUCCUUUCAAAUAGUCUAAUAAAAGGCAAAAAGAAAAUU